AUAACAAUGAGUAUAUUAUUAAAACCCAGGUGAAAUUAACAGUAAUUUUGCUAUCAAAGUCUGUUAUCAGUAAUCAUUUAAAAUGACUGUAGAAAUAAAAAAAUUAGAUGCGUUAUUGGGAAAAUAUAUGGAACCGAAUGAAAACAUAAAAACUACUAAUUACACGACAUUAACUGAAUUUGGUGAUAAUUAUGGGAGUAUUAUGUUCAAAUUGGAUGUGGUUAUAGAAAACAAAGCGAAGAAAGAAGAAAAAACAUUGAAUUUAGUAGCGAAAAUAUUACCAGGUACCGAAUUAUUUAGAAAAGUUUUCAACGUACAAAAAACAUUUUCGAACGAAUUCGCUUUCUAUGAUAAAGUCAUACCUACUUUGGAAGAUUUCCAAAAGGAAAUAGGAGUCGAAACCUUCGACCUAUUCCCUAAAUGUUACGGUACCAGGAAGAAUUUAUUGGGUAACGGUAAUGAUACUAUAGACGACGAUGCCGUUUUGUUAAUGGAAAAUUUGAAAACUCAAGGUUAUGUCAACGUGAACCGAAAAACUGGUUUCAAUUUUCAAACAACGAAGCUUCUACUAACAGAUCUAGCGCGAUUCCACGGAGGAUUUUUAUCACUAAAAUUAUCAAAACCUGAUUUAUUCCAAAAGAAUGUUCAACCGUAUUGUCACGAUUUCGUACCCAUAGAAGACACGGUGAAAAUGCAAGUGAUAUUUAGGGAUAUUUUCGAGGAAAUUUGUAAAGAAAAUAAAAAUUAUUCAUCGUACAUUUCCAAGUUUGGAUAUUGGGGUGAUAAACCGAGACCUAAACCAAGAGAACCUUUUUCCACUGUGAUACACUCCGAUCUAUGGGUUAAUAACAUGAUGCAUCUUUUCAAAGAUGACGUAGCUGUAAAAAACAAGAUAGUAGACUUCCAAUCGUACACUUACGGAUCUCCCGUAGCUGACAUAUUCUUCUUUCUGUGGACAAGCGUACAGAAAGAUGUUUUAGAACAACAUUUAGAUACGUUAUUGGAGUUUUAUCAUAAAGAACUUGUACAAGUAUUGAGGAAUCACAAAUGCUACAUCGAUUUUAGUUAUAAACAAUUUCUAGAUGAAAUAGGAAUUGAAUCUGAUUAUGGUUUUUCGCACUCUUUGGCGUUUCUCAUGAUGUUAAAUAUUGACGAGAAACAAAAUGAAGAAUAUGACGCUAAAGCCAUUACUAGAAAAUUACCCGCUUCUUUCAAAGCUAAAAUAUACUUCAUGCUUACCGAAUGUGAUAAAAGACAUUGGAUUCCUUAGAGAAAAAAAAAAGGAACGAGUUUCAGAUUAUGUUAUACAUUAUUGUUUUUAUAAAAUGUUAAUAAAUGAAUUUCAAAA